AUGAGGUUCGGCAAGAAGGGCAAGCUAAGCCCUAGGUUCAUUGGACCUUAUGAGAUACUUGAGAGGAUUGGAGGUUUAGCUUAUCGGUUAGCGCUACCUAUGGAGUUGGAGCGAGUGCAUAAUGUCUUCCACGUGUCCCAGCUAAAGACGUAUGUGCAUGAUCCGAUGCACAUAAUACCACUAGAGGUGAUCCCUCUAGAUGAUGACAUGUCUUACGAAGAGAGACCACUUCGGAUUUUGGAUUUCAAAACCCGGGAAACCCGCAGGAAAUCGAUGAAGAUGGUAAAGGUUUGGUGGUCACAUCACGGUGUAGAGGAAGCUACGUGGGAGUUGGAGUCGGCUAUGAGGGAGCGUUACCCAGAGUUGUUCACCUCAGUUAGCUUUGUGGGUUGUGCUAGGAGCUAG